CUCUUUUGUUUUCAUUUUCAUAGAGACUGGGGUCGCACACAGGUCGCGGUGUGUUGCAAAUCCGAAAACGUUACGAAACUGCUAAUAAUACGGGAUGUCUCACUGAUAACUUAUCGAAGAAACCAGAGCUGUUAUUGGUACCUAAUGCAUGCGCAAUGUUGAUUUCCCAGUUGCCCUAAAGACCUCAGGAAGUCGUCAAUGUCACAAGACAUUAACAUUUUUCGCGUUUAUUUUUAGCUGCGACUUGAUCAAUAUUAACAAUUCAAUAACAAACAAUCGUCUGGACCUUAAGAUCGACAGGUCUCUACAGGGAAGAUUUUCUCAGUUACAAAAGACUACUACAACACAACAGUCAUGGAUUGUCUCCCUAUUGAGGUGGUGAGUCACAUCCUGCAGUUUCUGAGUGUGUCGGACAGGAAGGAAGCUGCUCUGGUGUCCAGGAAGUGGUACAAUGCGUCUCUUCACCCACAGCUGCAGAAGGAUGUCAUUGUCAAGUGCCAGCCGCCAAACCAGAACUGCUUGCCGCCAACUGGACUGGUGCAGAGGAAGCUGACCCAUUUGGCACUCGGUGAUUGGGAGACAAACGCCAUGACAGAAGAGCAGCUGGUAGACCUGCUGAGUCAGUGCCCGAACCUGGUGGAGCUAGACAUCUCUCGCUGCAAUGCCCUCUUUCUGUCAGGGAAGCUGUUAGAGAGCGAGAAGGACAGAAAUUAUUUGCGCGAAGUGCUCUCUAAUGUGAGGGAGCUGAAGUUAGGAUGUUUGAGACACAUGACGGACGUCACAUUCCUCAGACUUGUGUACACCAUGGAGAACCUGGAGAAAAUAUCGCUAACAUCUGCCAACAUGAUCUUUGGCAGCGGCAUGUAUGAUGUCAAUGGUUCCAGCAGCGCUAUGCUCAACUUUUCCACAUUUCUGAAAUAUGUGAAGGAAAAGGCUUCGCAGCUGAAGAAAAUUGACUUGAGUCGUACUUCAGUUCAUGACAAGGCUCUGGCUGCAUUGGCCCGAACAGACGGGUUGCUGCUGGAUGAGCUGGUGCUUCAGAGCUGUGUGGAGUUGUCUGAUAAAGGGAUCAAGACUCUGGUGACCCACCAACGCAGCUUGCAGUUACUGGACCUCAGUGGGUGUAAAGAACUUGGUGCAAGCAAAGCUUUCUUUGCCAACUUCACAAAUCUUCCAAAACUGCACUCUCUCAUCCUGAGGAAAUGUCCCAAAGUGGGCCAGUGCGACAUCCACUCAUUGGUGGACAUCAGCUCUCUGAGGAACGUGGACAUGGGAGAGGCUCUGAACCUGUUUGACAAAGACCUCAUCAAGGGUUUGUGUGGGCCGAGUCAGAAGCUUAGGUCUGUGUCUUUGCCAUUCUGCCCGGACCUUAAUGAUAUGUUUGUGGUCAGUCUGUGUGAAAGUAACCCAAACCUCACGCACCUGGACUUGAGCUCGUGCCUCAAGUUGACCGACUCAAGCCUGCAUGCCAUCACCAGAAACCUCACUUCCCUGCGCAGUCUGCGGCUGGCCUACUGCCGCGGGAUAUCCGACCUUGGCAUGCUCGGGUAUGUUCCUGAACACGGGCUUGCCUUGCACCACGUGUUUGACCAUGACCACGAAGGUUGCCCGUGUACAAGAGAGCGGGAGAGCAAGAUUUUCCGCAAACCCACGGGGAUCAUCGAACAACACAAUCACUGCAUUUCAAAGGCACACACAAAAGUUGAGAACGGGGAGGAGCUGCACAUGCUGUCAAAUUUGACCUCUCUCCAGAUCCUGGACCUCUCCUACUGCCCUCGGAUCACAGACUUCAGCAUAGCCCGAGCUGUCAACUUCAGGGAGCUGCGAUCUCUGUCCCUGAACAGCUUGCCCAAAAUGUCUGACGCGGCGAUGAAGACGGUGGCGCAACAAAACCCGAGCCUGGAGACGGUGAGUGUGAGGAGCAACGCCAGCAUCACAGAUGUCUCGGUGCUGGAGCUGGUCUCCAAGUGUCCACGCCUGGCCAGUCUGGAUGUCAGUCAGUGUGACGGUCUCACUGACAAGUGUCUAGACUCUCUCAUCACCAAAGCCAAACGUCUAAGGCACCUGGACAUUUCAUUUUGUGGGAACAUAAGUCAGGAAAAAGUAGCUGUCCUUGAGCAGCGACUUCCUAAUGUUAAAGUCAUAUUCAGACCAUAUGUUUACUAAUAAAGAAAAAUUGUCCAGAAUUGGGUUUUUUAAUGUCAGUGUACCUAUCCUACUUAUUGUGAUCACACUUUCCUUUUUGAGCUUUAAGUGCUUUCAAUAGACAAUAGACUUUUAUAUUAUGAUAGUUUAUUGCUGCUUACUUGUAAUAUAUGUUUAAUAGAAGAAUUGAACAAUGUCUCAACCUACUGUACCAUAAUAUUUACUACUAUUGUGACUAUAUGGGCAGUUAAUGCCUUCUUCGGAUUGUAGCAGGAGCAGCACUGUCCUGUGCAGUAGUAGACUAUGCUGUGAAAGUUAGUGUAAUUGUUUAUGAGCAAGGACACUUUUUUCAAACCAUUCUGUCAUGAUUCAUGCUCUGAACACUGUGAUAACUGAGCUUGAUUGUUUCCACAAAAUGUGUGUAGUAAUUUCUGUGAUAACAUUUAUGCUGUGUGCCUUUCAUGGCACAGAGAACGUUUUCUUUCUCUCAAGUCCUUUUUUAUUAAUAGAGAUAAAUGUAUGUGUCUCAAGGGGGAGUGAUGUAUUUGACUUGUAAGUAUCAGUUGAGCCUAGGAUCUUGAAUUCAUGUUGAAUAUGAAAGGAUUUUUUUAGCUUCUUGAACUUUAUCGAGGUGAAAGUAAGGAAUGAAUCAUCUGAAUCUGAAUAUAGAUCUUCUGUGGCAGACCUGACCUGUUAAAACCAUUGCUAUUAGUUGAGAGAGAGAGGGAGAGAGAGAGAGAGAGAGAGAGAGAGAGAGAUAGAGAGAGAGAGAGAGGGAGAUAGAGAGAGAGAGAUAGAGAGAGAGAGAGAGAUAGAGAGAGAGAGAUAGAGAGAGAGAGAGUAUGUGUUUGAGUGUAUAGGCUUGUGCGUGUGUUAGUGUGUAAGUUAAAAAUGUAAUCCUCAGGUAAACAAGCAUCCAAAUAUCCUGAGGUACCAGUGACCUGUCUUGUUGAAAUAUAAAACUGCACUGUGCAUGGUGAAGAAGGGCAGAAAGCACAACAAUAUAAAUUCUCAUGUAUACUUUUAUCCUCAUUUGAGCUCUUGCUUUGUUUGUUACUUCUAUUGUUUUGCCAAUUUUUUUUUUUAUCAUUUAAAAAAAUUGGACUAAAAAAGGAGGGGGGGAGAGAAUUUUUGUUUUAUAAGUUACUUUGCCAUUGACUGUGGAGUAUACAAUGUGAUAAACAGUGGAAAUAAACAGAUUUUUAUCAGUACAAA